CUCCCUCUCCGCCUCGUCCCUCGCGCGCCCCAGCGAGUCGAGAGCCGAGAACGCGGCGGCGGCGGCAGCGGCGAAAAUGCCCAGGAAGGUUCCUCCGCCUUGGCCGGAGAGCUUGGGCUUCCCGUCCGGCCUGAUGGGGGCUGGUCUCGGCGCCGCAGCUUGAGCGCCCUCUCGCCCGGGGCUCUGCUCUUGGGCCACCUGCCCGGCCAUGCCGAGCUCCGGCCAUGCUCCGCGCUUGCUUUGCAAACGCUCGGGAUGCCUCGGGAGGCUGCAGCAAGGGAGCCCGAGCUGCUCUCUCCUCUCUCCGCUUGGGCUGCCUCUCCUUCUUCCGCGGCGGCUCCCUCGCCACCAGCAACAGCAGCAGCAGCAACAGCAGCAGCAGCUUUGAAAGAGCCAGAGCAGCAACCUGCGCCAAGGAAGGAGCGGGAGAGCCCGCAAUGCCUUGGCCUCCGUCCUCCUUUCCCCCCCACCGCCUGCCGCCUCGCUUGAAGCAGGGCCGCUAGACACAACACCGCCACGCAGGAGGGGGAAAAGUAAAGGAGAGAGAGAGAGGAGAGGAGAGGGGAGAGAGAGAGAGAGAGAGGGAGAGAGAGAGAAAAGCCCAGGAAGAUGGCGCCCACCAAGCCAAGCUUCCAGCAGGAUCCUUCCAGGCGAGAACGAAUAACUGUCCAGCAUCCUCUGCCCAACCAAUCAGAAUGUAGGAAAAUCUACAGAUAUGACGGAAUCUACUGUGAAUCUACCUACCAGAAGGACUGCUACUGACUCAUCAGCCUAUGCCUGCUUGACAGUGGUAAUUGCCUCUCCCAGAAACCCAUGCCUGAUGGACCCUUCCAACAUGGGCCAGCUGCCAGCCUCAGUCUCCCAGUAUAGAACAAGUCUGGACAUGCCCAUGACAAGACACCACUCUUGGGUUACCCCACCCAGUUUACAAGCCCUGAGAAAGGAAAAAUCCCGAGAUGCUGCUCGUUCUCGCCGAGGGAAGGAAAACUUUGAAUUCUAUGAGUUGGCCAAAUUGUUGCCACUCCCUGCAGCUAUUACAAGCCAAUUGGACAAGGCAUCCAUCAUCCGAUUAACAAUUAGCUAUUUGAAGAUGAGGGACUUUGCUAAUCAGGGGGAUCCUCCAUGGAACUUGCGAAUGGAAGGACCACCACCCAAUACGUCAGUAAAAGGGAUACAAAUGUGGAAAUCUGAGGUCUGCAUGAGAAAGACACCAUGUGAAGUUAUAGGUGCCCAGCGCAGGAGAAGCCCCAGUGCACUUGCCACUGAAGUAUUUGAGUCUCAUUUGGGAAGUCACAUUUUACAGUCACUGGAUGGAUUUGUAUUUGCACUAAACCAGGAGGGAAAAUUUUUGUACAUUUCCGAAACAGUCUCCAUCUAUCUUGGCCUAUCCCAAGUGGAACUGACAGGCAGCAGCGUCUUCGACUACGUCCACCCCGGAGACCAUGUGGAGUUGGCAGAGCAGCUGGGCAUGAAGCUUCCCCCGGGGCGAGGCCUCCUCUCGCAGGGAACAGCCGAGGACGGAGCCAGCUCAGCAUCUUCAUCUUCUCAGUCAGAGACCCCGGAGCCAGUGGAAUCCACAAGUCCCAGUCUACUUGCAGCUGACAACGAUCUAGAUCGUUCGUUUUUCAUGCGGAUGAAAUCCACCCUGACUAAGCGAGGUGUACACAUAAAGUCUUCAGGAUAUAAGGUGAUUCAUGUAACAGGAAGGUUACGCCUGCGAGUGUCGCUAUCCCAUGGGCGGACCGUCCCCAGCCAGAUCAUGGGGCUUGUAGUGGUUGCUCAUGCUUUGCCUCCUCCUACGAUCAAUGAAGUCAGAAUUGACUGCCACAUGUUUGUAACUCGAGUAAACAUGGACCUCAAUAUCAUUUACUGUGAAAACAGGAUUAGUGAUUACAUGGAUCUGACCCCUGUAGAUAUCGUAGGGAAGAGAUGUUACCACUUCAUUCAUGCUGAAGAUGUGGAAGGGAUCAGGCACAGUCAUUUAGACUUGCUGAACAAGGGUCAGUGUGUAACAAAAUACUACCGCUGGAUGCAGAAGAAUGGAGGUUAUAUUUGGAUACAGUCUAGUGCCACUAUUGCUAUUAAUGCCAAGAAUGCAAAUGAGAAGAACAUCAUCUGGGUCAAUUACCUUCUGAGCAACCCAGAAUACAAAGACACUCCAAUGGAUAUUGCCCAGCUUCCUCAUUUGCCAGAGAAAACCUCUGAAUCCUCAGAGACCUCAGAUUCUGAAUCUGACUCAAAAGACAACUCAGAAGACAAUGAAAAUUCAAAGUCAGAUGAGAAAGGAAACCAGUCAGAAAACAGUGAAGACCCUGAGUCUGAUAGAAAGAAGUCUGGAAACCAGUCAGAUAAUGAAAUGAACUGUAAUGAGGAUGGGAACAGCUCCAGCAACCAGGACAGCAGAGACAGUGAUGAUAGCUUUGAAAACUCUGACUUUGAGAAUCAAAAGGCCCCUGAGGAUAGUUAUGGCACACUUGGCUCUAUGCAGAUCAAGGUGGAACGCUACGUGGAAAGUGAAUCAGACUUGCGUUUACAGAAUUGUGAAUCGUUGAGCUCAGACAGCGCCAAGGACUCGGACAGUGCAGGAGAAGGAGAUGCCCAGUCUUCCAGCAAGCAUCAAAAGAGAAAGAAAAGGAGGAAAAAGCAGAAAGGAGGCAGUGUGACCCGCAGAAGGCUAUCAAGCACCUCAAGCCCAAAUGGACUUGACUCAGCAUUGGUGGAUCAGCCACAGCUGCUUUCAUCGCCAAACAGUGCCUCAGUGCUCAAAAUCAAAACCGAGAUCUCAGAACCUAUCAAUUUUGAUAAUGAUAGCAGUAUUUGGAAUUACCCACCCAACAGAGAAAUCUCAAGGAACGAAUCACCCUACAGUAUGACCAAGCCCCCAAACUCAGAGCACUUCCCCUCCCCUCAAGCCAGCAGUAGUUUACAUGUUUCCAUUCCAGACUCUGUCCUCACCCCACCAGGGACUGAAAAUACUGCCAGCCGCAAAUCUCAGUUCAGCACCUCAUCCAGCUCCGCCUUGGCUCCUGUAUCCUCUGACCCUUUGUCACCACCUCUGUCUGCAUCUCCACGGGACAAGCACCCAGGAGGACCCAGCACCUCCAACUCUUUGUUGUACACUGGGGAUCUGGAAGCCCUCCAGAGGUUGCAGGCAGGCAAUGUGGUCCUUCCUUUGGUUCACAGGGUAACUGGAACCCUUGCUGCCACCAGCACGGCUGCUCAGAGGGUCUAUACCACUGGCACUAUUCGGUAUGCUCCAGCUGAAGUUACUUUAGCCAUGCAGGGCAAUCUUCUCCCCAAUACCCACGCUGUUAACUUUGUGGACGUUAACAGCCCCAGCUUUGGCCUCGAUCCUAAAACACCGAUGGAAAUGCUCUACCACCACGUUCACCGACUCAAUAUGUCAGGACCAUUUGGAAGUGCUGUGAGCGCGGCCAGUCUGACCCAAAUGCCUGCAGGGAAUGUGUUCACAACUGCCGAAGGACUCUUCUCCACUCUUCCAUUUCCUGUGUAUAGCAAUGGCAUUCAUGCCGCACAGACACUGGAACGGAAGGAGGAUUGAAAUAUGACCACAUACUGUGUUCAGUGUUAAACUCUGAGGCAUAGACUAUAUUUUAAUUUUAGACCUUUAAUUCUAGCACUUUGAAUUUGAGCAGGUCAGCUUAUUCACUCAAUAUGAUGGUCCCAUUUCAUUCCCUUUCUCUUUAACUUGACUUAUUCUUUAAUGUAAAAUAUAUUUUUUUAUUUUUGCCUUCAGAGAGCUGAAGUACCAGUUGCCUGCCAUUUUGUCUUCUUCCAAGAUGUGUAUUUUUUUCUUUGCAUCUUUAUUAAGAUGCUUUUAAUAUGUGUAUGCCUCUGCCAUAGAAUACUCAGUGAUGUGGUAAAGAGAUUUUGAAAGUGACAACCAUUGGGUUUACUUCAGAACAAUCUUGAUAUGAUCAAGAUUGAAAGAAACAAGCAUAAAACAAUGUGCCCUGUUUGACUAAGUCAAAUGAAAGGGGUUUUUUUGUUCCUAAUUCCUUUAAAAAAUAGGGGAUAGUAUUUUAGAAUUUUAUGCAGAGUUUAAUUCACUUUUUAUGGUUAAAAUUUUCUUACUUGCACAUACAAUAAUUUGGAUUCUUAAAAAGUUAAUUUCUGGCCUGUGAUUAGAAUAUUAAGAAGAUGGACUAAAUGUUAAUUACAGAAAUGUUAACUUAAUUUCUAAAACCAUGGUGCUAUCAUUUAUUAAUCUGUAAUGUCUUCACACAAUAUGCAGCUUGUGGGCUGGGAUUUUUGAAAGGAAUGUCUUCUGUGCUAGUCAAAUAGUCAGGUGCUGCAGUCUCCUUGGUUAGUUAAGACAAAAGCCCUCAUUAACAUUUGCUGCAGGACUUAAUUUUUUACCUCCAAACUAACAAACAUAGCCUCAUAUUAAAUUUAUAUGGAUCUGGAAGCCUUGUUUUUCUUGUUGUGAAAGUGCUGAAAAUAGAACAAAACUCAGCUGAAUUGACUUGAGGAUCUUUUUAAUUUUGUUUGUUUUCGAUGUGUAUUGUUUCUCGUUUUAUUUUAUUUUUCUCAGUGUGACUGAGGCUAAUUUUACAACUUCCAAAUAACACUUCAGAGUAAGGAAAUAUAUAUAUUAUAUAUAUUUAACAUGUUUUUUUUAUUUUUCAUUUAAUGUUAUAGAGGGAAGGUUGUAUUUUUAUUUUUGCCCAUUGGUUUGUCUUUUGUAAUCCCCCUCUCCUCCUCCUUCUAGUGUUGAAGCCAAUAUGUUUUAACAAAAUGGGUUAAUAAGCUUGAAAAUAGAUAACUGCAACUAAAAACCGCACAUUAAGUAAAAACAGAAGAAAAGAAAUCUCCUAUUUUGUCUUUGUUGCCAGAAAUCAAUGUAGUGUCAAACACGCCAAAUGACUGUCAAGUAUAAAUUCUUCUUCCACUCCAUCUUUGGCAGCUGUUUGUUAAAGCAUCUAAUAACAGAUGUGAGAACUGUAAUGUGUACAAUGUGUAAGUGUCCUUGGCUGUCA